GUGACGUAUGGUCAGCACGUGGUCAUUUCGGAAAUGGCCAGUUCAGCUGGCGUCAGGUGCUUCCUGGUUUGAGAAGAACGUUAUCAAUGAAUGGACGUUUCGCAUGUGUGACGCAGACAGGACGGGGAUGCCGGCGGGCUUCGAGUUGCACGGACACGGGCAAUUUCUCAUGGGAAAUUAAAUGGCCAGGCUUCUGCUCAUAAAGCGAAGAGCUACGAGGGUAUAGCGCUUUAGGGAAACGCCCGUCUACCAUGAAAAGCGACGUGACUAUGAAGAGACGCUUGCGAGGCUGGGCGGUCUCUUUUUUACGGUCCGAGUUCCGCAUUGGGUUUCAUGUCUUCUACUAACUGGCUAUAAAAGAAGAUACUCUGCCACAGCGUCCCAGUUGUUACUGUUCUCCCUGUUAAUUUUUUUGGAGACAUUAAAAUGCGCGCUGGGAAUGCGUUAUCAGGUGUUUACAAGGGACUUCGUGACUCGAAAAAUGUACUCUUUCUUGGUUUUUCACUGAACAAACAUGUAGUUUAGGAGUAAAUUAUUUACUCCUACAUUGAAAACUUAGAAGACCAAUAAAUUAAGUGGCUUCAAAAUUUGAGUUAACACUUUGCACUCUGCGGCAUCUCGUUGUAAAAUGUGCGAACAGAAAUCGAUUACAUAAAACAGUCUCACUUUGGAAACGUGUCCUUUUUGGUAUCAUUAGACUUGAUUAUAAAUUCUUACAGCUUACUUGAAGCGUUGAUACCAUAAAUCCUUUAUGUUUGCAGUGGAGUAACUAACAAAAUUUGUUAGACUUGCGUUUAACAAAUGUGCAAAGGGUUAAAAAAUUGAUUCACGCAGCUGCUCCGAAUGACACCGUUUGUUUAUCAUUCCACAAUGGUCCCAAUUAGAGCGUUAACCAAACCGCAGAAAUCCCUUGCCAGGAAGGAAGAACGAGGAAACUAUACAAACCUGUGUCAGUUGUACUCGGAGGGGUACGCACAGGUGUUCUCGCACGACCUGCGUCGCCAAAACCGCACACAAACACGCGUUACGUAAACGUUGGUCACGACGAUCCGCGUUUCGCGAUGGACGGGAGCUGUUGUUGGCUCGUAACUUGGUCAAGGUCGGACCUUGGAGGGCAGAAAGUGCGCCGACCCUGCGCGACCUGCUCGAAAACCGGUGCCGUCGCCCUCCGAGGUUAGGCCCUUCCCACUGUCGCGUACAGAACAGAACAGAACCCUGUCGAACCGGUGUUGUCGAAGAGUUCGCCCCUCCGGGGCUUCGCGCUGUCUUUUAUCUUUUAAAAGCCCCGAAGAGGGAGUGCACACGCGAGAAGCGAAGCAAGGCAAGGAACACGGUUCUUGGUGGGGAGGAGACACCGAUCGUGCAUGCCACCGACCACAGUUUGAAAGCAACCUCCGUCAUGAUCGCGUCAGCUGGCCUCUAGUCGCCCCACCUCUUCGAAAACCAGCCGUCCGCGCGCGUGUUUGGUCUUGCGAGCGGCGGGCAACAAGCUCUCGUGCAGUUUUGCGACAGUCUCCGAUCGCUGUCUCCAGGAUACCUUGACGCGAACACGAGCCCAAUUUCAAAGGAUCGCGGCGAAAGGAUCGAUAACUUCGAAAUCUCGGGACACUUCGUAGGUACUGGAGCACUGCUCCAAACGCUGAGAGGAAUGUCUCCUACGAUCUAGCUAGAUCUGGACAAAAUUCCUACCCGAAUCAAAAUUUCGCGACACGAACACCUUCGGAUGCUUUGUUUGUUUAAUCAAGGCCGCAAUCCGAACGAUAGGAUCCAAAUAUGCUUCGCUCGGAUACCAGAACCUUCUGAGUAGACCGCUGCGCACAGUUUUUAUUCGUCGCCCAUCUCUGGAUGUGACCCAGUUCGAAGAAGAACGGAUGGGAGCGUGGGUCACGUACCGCAGACCCAACGAUCCACUGUAGAUGAUUCACGAAUGAUGUGAGGAUCUCUACGGGGAGGAAAUCGAAGGCGAUCGAUCGCGGCCGACGAACAACGCGACCCUUUGUCCCGAGGAUGCCGGAGUAUCGCAAGAUGAGCAGGAGGAAAGUGUUCCGCGGCCUGGACGGGCCUAAGUGUGAUAGUGCGAUCUUAUGGUCGGUGUUCAUGUGGUGUCUAGUAUUUCUGCUUGGUAACGUCGAGAGUGCACCGCCUGGGAUAUGCGCGAUGGACGGGUGCAACUGCACCGUCAAGGCGCACCGCUGGAUUAACGUCAAGUGUGUCUUCUCCAACGAUCAGGACGUGGAGUUACUGGAGGGAACCAUUCCGUCGGACGUGAUGGAGGUGGAGGUGUCCCACUGCAGGGAGUUGAGGAUCCAGUCUGGAGCGUUCGCGGACGGCGCACCUCUGAAGCGUGUUCACGUGUCGGGGAUUUACAGCCUGGUGGCCAAGAGGCAGGCCUUUCAGAACCUGAGUGCCCCCAACACGCACUUAGAGGUGUCCGAGUGCAACAGCGUAAUCCUCGAGAGUCACGCGUUCAGGAACUCGAGGGGGACGCUGAGCGUGUCGAUAUCGAGAUGCAAACACGUGGGGAUCAAGCCCAACGCUUUCUCGCGAUUGCUUUGGAUAGCAGUCAAGGAGGUGCCCACUCUGGACCUGUCCAGCAACGCGUUCAAGCUCGAAGCUUCUCAGCACGGCCGACAUGGACCAGCGACCAAGAUUAUGUUCCAAAGCGUGAGAAUCACGGAGCUACCGACGGCGGUGUUUCCAUCGGCGAUCGCGGAGGUUCGCAUGGACGAUAUCUGGACGAAAGUGAUCCGCAAGGAUGCCUUCUGCGCCAUGACGAUCUUCAGCGUGACCAUCAGCAACGCGUCCAUCUUGGAGAUCGAGACUGGCGCGUUCAGCGACAGGGCCCUCAUCCAGAGCCUCGAAUUCGUGGAUGUUAGGUUAAAGAGCAUAGAGAGGGGUGCCUUCAAAGCUGGUCACGACAAUCUCACGAUACAAUAUUCGAGACUAUCCGACGUGGAGACCGGUGCCAUCGACAUAUCCGCCGCCACGGUCAGCUUCAAUAACAACGAGUUUCAGAACCUGCACCAGGGCGCGAUCGUUCUGCAUCAGUGGAACCACAUAGCCAUCGACUACAAUCUCUUCGUCGACCUGGCAACCGACGCGAUCAUGGCAGAGGUGGACGCGACCUCUGCUCCCAACUUCGAGUUCUCCUUCACGGGAAAUCACAUCCAAAGAGCACGACCAGGUUCUCUGAAGUUCGCCGCCAUCUCCCAGCGAGUGAACACCGCGCGCGUCGGCAACAAUUACUUCAAAGAGAAGUGCAGCUGCAACCUGGACAGUUGGAUCCGCGAGGUGACGGGCAAGAACAGCUCCGUCUCGUGGAUGAUGGACUCCAGCUAUUGCGUGGUCGACCAACUCCUGGACAGGUGUUUCAACCUCCCACAGGGCUACAUGUCCAUGAGGAACUUCACCAAGGUAAUCUGCACGGCAGGGGAUCACAUCAACUGCGAGAAGCCGUCAGCGAAGCCAGAGCCAAGCGUCAGUCCUCCAAGCGUCGGGCCUCACGUCUAUCCGAGGCGCAAAGGCUACUUCGACCUGGAAAUGAGCGACUCGGAGCAGCUGCAGCGCGAAAAGAGGAUUAUCGUGGUGAUCUGCGUGGUGGCAGUGUUCAUCGUGCUAGUGGUGAUCCUGGCCUCGGGGAUCCUGUAUAUGCGUAGAAGUGGAGUGUGUCCAAAGCUAACGUCGGGUCACUUGAUGAAUCUCACCAGCUGGCUAUCUCCCAGCAGUGGUAUGACCGCGGCCACGUCGGCCAGGUCGAUCUCGAGGCUCAGCGUGCACGAGUACGCAGGUCUUCAGCCAGAAACGAGGAUUCUGGAGGUGGAAACUCAGCCAGAAGCGACGGACGACGAAGAGGGUGCCGAGGGACUUUAUCCUUACACGGAGAACAAGGCCACGCAGACCCUACCCGAGGAACUCACGGAGGAGUACCUGAGGGAUCUCAGAGAGAGGCUGAACGAUCCUGACAAUUACAACCAAGCUAGGGACAUGAUCGAGCACUUGUACGAUCUCAUCAAGGUCGAGGAGAGUUGCAAUAAUAACAAUGACAAACAGCCAACGGAUAGAGAGGAGAACGCCUACGACGUGAUUCGACCUAGAAGAAAGAACAGGGGUCCUCCGAAACCUUCGAUCAGCGUAGGCACCAAAGCUCCAUCGUUAGAGAAAUUGCUACCCAGCGGAAUAGAGCCCAGGCCACCGCUGACGGAGUACACGGAGCCUCGAGACCAAAAACCCAACGAACAAAACUACUUGUACGCGGAACUACCUGGCGACGAGACAGUUCCCAGCACCAGUCGACUUUCCCAACCUAUCCUGGCUACCCUUGCUGGAAGAGCCCCGCAGCCACUACCCCCAGACGUCGUCAACGAUCACCUCAUCAACGCUCACGCAAGCCAAAUAUUCGCCAGCCCUAAGACUGAAAACCACAGACCCCCCGAUAGUCCAAAGUUCGAGCCAAUCAGAAACCAAGGCAGGCCCAUGAGCUUUUUGAAAGCGCUUGGCGAGAGCAUUCUUGGCUCGAAGACGACCAACAAGAGGCCAAACUCUCUGCUCUGCGAGUACGCCGAACCGUCCGACGCUACGGCUCACCUUUACUCGGAACUACCUGAACCCCAAACCUCGACUCCGGCCAGCAAGAUGGCGAACAGGCCGCUGCCCACCAAACCCGACCAGGAUUCCGUCAACGCGGCGAGAGCAUAACGACGCCCUUCGUCGAUUGUCUGUGAUAUAAACUGUUUACGCUAGGAGAACGAAAACUGAGCCAAUCGUUCUCCAGUUUCUUCCUAAUCGUUCGUAGGUGACGAUGUUCGCGAAUGGUGAUCGCGUGAGUGCUCCGGAAGCUCCGAUGCGAAGAGACGCUGAGCGGACUGAGAUACGAGUUUGUUACGGGACUAUUUUAAGGUUUGUAAAAAGAUAAAGACAUUUAACGUGGAGGAUCAACGGGGAUGUACCAUUCUCCGUGUGAGUAGAGUGCAGUAGUGCGCGUCUAAAUGAGAGAAAUCGGGUGGUUCUCCAUUACUAGGUCGCGGGUUCAUUCCAGAAUUUGGUGUCGAGUGAGAUACAUCAAAAGUGGGAGGAAUCACGAGUACAUGUCUUCAGGUGCUCGGUUAGCGAACUUCGAAGCGGUGCCGAUGCCAGCAACACAGUUAUUUGUGCAUUUAUGAGGUUUUCUUGGUAAAAAGAAAUCGAUACAUGGGCUCAUCUGAGCUAUUUUUAAUUGUAUCUAAUAGAAAGUUUAUUAAAGAGUAUUCUGAUGUUUGAUCGAAAACAUUGCGAGUGAAAAGCGCUGCACCGCUUUAAAGUUCGAUGUCAGGAAGAACAUUAAUUUUAGCAGGGAUGAUUCUUUCGCAAUUUUCCGGGGUGAAAUUUUCUCAUUUAACCGAGCACUGCUGCAGCUAAUCGUCCGACGAAGAGCAACGAAAGACGAGUUUUAUUUAAACGACUGGCCCCGAAACCGCGAAUGUAUCAUAGAUUUCUAUAUAUUUGCUUCGUCAGGUAUUAUUAAAGGAGUAUUUCACAUC